AGAGAGAGAGAGAGAAAAAAGAAGAAGAAGACCAGUUGAAAAAGUGAAAAAGAAAGAGUGAACAGACAACAAGACGAUCAUUUUUCUUAUUCACUUUAUUUCAUUCUUUUUUAUUUGCAACCAAUUUUUUCUCUGUUUCCACAAAAUUUAUUGAAUUUGUGUUGAAUAUUUACGGAAAAAGUGGAAAAAAUUUUUCACCAUGUAGUCGUUGGCGUAGUGUCACCAGCAAAAGAUAAAAUAGUUUGCGAAGAAGGAAAAAAAGAGAGAAUUGGGUGCGGAAAAGGCUAUAAAUACAAAUAUGGAUAAGUGUGUGGAAAGUGUCUCGAGAUGAAGAAAAAUGAAAUAACUCUCGUCGUCGUCGUGAAAUCAAGUGAAAUUAUAUUGUGGAAUUGAAUGAUCACGACGUGUUGUGUCUCAACGAUACUAGCACUCAAAGAUAAACAGCUCAAGAAUUGAUCGAUUGAUCAAAAUCAUUUGCAGCUUUUUUUUCGUUCGGGCCUUCAAAUUUGUAUCUUAAUCUAUAUGUGACUCACGACAUCAAAACCACGAUACGCUGCGAUUGGAUCGUUUACAACAGAACAGAACGAAAAAAAAAAACAUAAAUAUUGAUUCGAUAGUUCAUGCGAAACCAAGAAGAAGAAAAAGUAAAAAAAAAAAUCGCAGCAGCAAUAACGGUGGCCAAAUCGAGUGCCAACAAAGCAAAGCGAAAAGAAGAAGGAAACAAAACGACGGUCGCAAUUCCUAGACUCUCAAUGUACACACCAAGCAUUUUAACUGUCUUAUUUCAGUGGUUAUUUCUUCUGUUCGUGUCGUCUAUAUGUUUUAUUGUGCGCUUCGUAUCAAACGUAUUAUUUUUUUAUGUGUGAUUUGUUCAGUAUAGCGCAUUCAGUUAAGUUACGGUGUAAUCGUUUCUAUUGUUGACUUGACUUUUUUCCAUUCAUUCUCUCGUGUGCUGAUUUUUUAUUUCGGAUAAUUCUUGUACGUAUAAUUUUUGUUUUUUUUUUUUGUAACGGUGUGUAAUUGUCUGUGUCUGCGUUGGAGCAAGUUCGUGUGUGCAAUGAAUUUUUUGUGUGCAUUAAUUCAUGUUUUACGGCUGUAGAGUAAUGUGGUGCUUGUCUUACAUGUGCUUCGAGUCUCCAUUUAAAUCGUAUGGAACUUGUUGUGUGCGCGACAAAGGCAAUAAUAAUAAUAUUGAAGCAAGCAAGCAAAAAAGCAACAACGUAUUCAGAAAAGAGCUAGCUGAAAAGAGUGCAUGUAUUCAUUGUGAACGACGAGUGUUUACGUUGACACCUGAGCCUGUGAUGUGAACCGCAAAAAUAAUACACACAUAAGAAGAAAAAAGAACCGAAACGAAGGGAAGGAGAGACGGCACAAACGACGAAACGUUAAACAAACAAAAUUUAAGCAGCUCUAUCAAAUAAUUACAACAACACGAAAAUCAACGGUGAAUCAAGAGAAAUAUCAAAGCACCGAAUCAAACGGAAAACAACGGUGGCAGUGGUGGCAGCGGCGGCAAUAGCAGAAGGAAAAAUCGAAAACGGCUCCAAAUGUUCAACACAAUGUACACUGGUUUCGCGUUUCGGUUGAGGCGACAGCGAUAACUUUUAAUCGAUAAAAAGCAUCGAUGGAUACUAAUUGAUCACGCACAACGUAAUUGUAAUAAAUUUGUGAUCGUAAUUUUUCGGAUGGGAAUCGUUUUAUUGCACAAACAAAAGAUAAGAAAAGUGAAAAACAACAACAACGAACAGCGCACACAGAGUGGGAGUGAGAGGGCGAAAGAAGAGAAGAGAUUAUGGCGUCAGGUGAAUUAUCGUUAACGAGUAACAGCAGCCAAGAAGGCAGUCACGAGUUUAAUUGCUAUCCGAAUGAUCGGCCACGCAAAACAUCGGCCGAUAGUACGAAAACCUUUGAAACCAUCAAAAAGCAAUACGAUGAAGCGCUCAUGGAGCUCAAUUCGUUGCGAAUGCGUGAAAGUAAUGGUGAAAUGCAAAUGAGCCAUCUCACCAAGCAAUUGGAAUUUUACAAAGAAAAGUACAUGGAUGCAAUCAAUCAAGUUGGCCAAACGGCCAUCGAAGGAACAUCAUUGCGCACCAAAUAUGCGGACAUAUCCAAUGAAAAUCGACGACUACAGCAGCGCAUUCAUCAUUUGGAAAAACAGGUUACACAACAAGAAAAUGGUACACAUCAAACCGUUUGCACAUUUCACGAGCAAUACAAUGAUUUGAAGAAGAAAUACGAAACGAAUCGCAUUGAAAUGGACAAGCAGCUGAAGGAAAAUGAAAUGUGUAAGAAAAAGUGCGGUGAUUUAUCGCGAGAUCGUAAUGCAUUCGCACUAGAGAAGAACGACUUGAAGCAACAGUUGACAAAAGCGAUCACACAACUGGAGUCGGCACUGCACGAGAAGAACAUGUUACGAGAAUCACGGGAUAAGGUGAUGCAACAAAAUGAAUUUCAAAUUAAAGAGAUGCAACGGUUGAUGAACGAACGGGCGGAUGAGCUGAGACGCGUGACCGCACAACGGAAUGCAGUUAAAUUGGAGUUGCAAACCAUUUUGGGUGAAAAAGAUGUGGUCCUGGAAGAGAAUCAAAAAAUGAGCGAUGAAUUGACUGUAGCAAAGGAACAGUUAGAAAAACAGUAUAAAAAUGAUCAAUCGAUUUUAUAUGAAAAUGAAUCGCUCAAGCGGCUACGAGACGAUUUGCUGGCCGAACGGAAUUGUUUACGCGAACGCCUCGAGGAAAAGACACACGACGGCAACUGGAAUAAUGAUCCAGAUGCAAAGGAGAAAUAUCAACUCGAUUUGAGUGCAGCCAAUAAAGAAAUUGAAAAAUUGCGCAACAGCCUGGAACGCGUCAAAAGUGAAUUGAGCAAAGCGCUCGAAGAAACAGAGGUGGCGAAAUCAAGACGAGAUUGGGCGAUAACCGAGCGUGAAAAGAUCGUCUUGGAGCGUGACAAUGUGAAAAUCCUCAAUGAUGAAUUGCAAAAAGAGCGUGAUAAUGCCGUUUCGGAUUUGUUGCAAGCGAUUCGGGACAGUGAAGAAAUCAAGAAGCAAAAAGAUGAGGCGUUCCAAGAGAUUGAGCAUUUGCGCAAGCAGCUUGAAUCGCAGGUCAAUUGUACACGACGCAGUAUUCGUUGGAGCUAUACACCAUUCGAGAUGGAAGCAUUGCCGAAAAAUGACACCGAAGUCGUUGAGAUCGAUAUGAGUAGGGUGGGUCCAAAUGAUGAUAUCGGCAUAGUACUUGAGGGUGGACGAGAGGAUUCACAAAAUCGUAUUGAUGGUAACAUAACGGUGGUUAGUGUAUCGAAAGAUUCGCCAGCCUACGGGAAACUUCGACCAAAUGACAGUAUAAUGCUAGUAAAUAACAUCGAUUGCUCCUCAUUUUCGAAGCGAAUGGUCAUCGAGACCAUUCGUAACGGCGGUGAACAGUGUGAUAUUGUCGUGAAACGACAACGUGUGACCAGAGCGCAUAUGUAUGCCGUGCAAUUAAAUCUGUUGAAUACAAACCGUGAUCAUGGUUUAACAUUGGAAUCGGGCAUUUUCAUAUCGAAAAUAGCGCCAAGUUCGUUAGCAUCGGCUGAACCAGAUUUAACGGUAGGUGAUCGCAUUUUGACCAUAAACAAUCAAUCGAUGACCAUAAACAAUCAAUCGAUGGAGGGCAUAUUGAGCGGUAAAGAUGCAAUGGCCUAUUUGAAUGAUGAACGCCCUGAUUCGCUACAUAUAAUUGCUCUGAAACAGGUGACUCACUCUUCGGACACAGACACCUUCAAUCGCAAUAAACCGAUUCAAAUGGAAAGCGCAUGCACACAAACCGACGAACGGUUCAGUUUCGAAGGUGAGUCCACGCGAACCAAUUCAUCCGGCAAUUCAAAGUCCACAUCGAAAAUAUCGGAAAUGUUUAACAAAUUCCGUGGAAAAAUCCACAUGCACGGUCACAGUAAUCAAAAGGGAAGCACUGCCUCGGAAAGUGAUAGUUUGUGUCAAGAGAAUGAUGCAAUUGCAGCACUUGAUUCGGUGUUGAACAACGAAAACACAACCACUACUGGCAAGAUCAAAGAGAAUAUUUUCAAGCGAUCAAAGAAAGCAAAGAAGGAAACAACGAAAGAAGUGAACAAGAAUUUGGGCACAUGGCCAAGAGCGAAUAUUUUGAAUACGGCCACCGGGCAAGAGAAUCAUACAGGAACAAUUGUGCAACAUCGCAAGAAAGAACGACCGGCUUUGUCGCUGUUCACUGGGCCAAUUACAUUGGGCAAAGAUGAAAAGCCGCUCGGAAUGAAAAAGGAUAAUUACUUCAAUGCUCACAUGCACGACACAGCACAGAUGACUGUGAACAAACCGGGAUUAGCGUUGGUAUCCGGCUCAAAUCGCAAUUCAAAUCCAAUUCCAUUUCAUUAUCCACCUUCGGGCUUGAAUCGACACUCCGUGUAUUCAACCAUGGAAACUGAACCAGUGAUGCAAUCGAAAAAUCUGCCCGACAUGAAUCGCAAGUAUCAUUACCACCAUCAUCAUCAUAACAACAAUCGGCUGAGCUUGAAUAUCACACCGUCAUCGGAUAAUAACGGACUCAUCGGUUAUAACACCGUUAUCAAUCGCAAGAACAACACCAAUACUCUUGACACAAAAGUAUCCAAUCAUCCAAUGUCAAUGGAUUAUGUGGCAUUGAAAAAUUCAACCGAUUCGUUGCUCAAUUCAAAAAGUCCAAUGUCAUCGCUGGAUUUUAAGCCAAAUCUAACACAUCAACAACCGCAGGAUCUCAUUUCAUUGAAAAGCCAAAAUUCCAUUGACUCGUUUUUAUCACCAAAAAGCCCACCAUCGUUAGAUUCGGCCAAACCAAUGUAUCCGUUAGAAAAUCAAGACUUUUAUAACAAACGAUCGUCGAAAAAUGUUUCGAAAUUUCCAAGUGACAGCGACAGCUUGGGCAUGGAAUCGAUUUCAUCGCCAAACAACAGUUACACCAGCACAUUACCAUCAUAUGCAACGAACAACCGGGCAAUGCUUUCGUCAACGUCAAACGGACGCAUUCAACGAAUGUUUUCGCCGUUUGCAAAUCACGUUCAUCCACAUCAUAUGAGACAGACCAGCCCACUCACGAUCCCAAUGACGCAAUCACUUGAUAUUGCAGGAAACAACAACUCGUCCGACAAACUUGAAUACGAAUUCGUUCAACCAGUUCAUCAUUCACAUGGUGUCUCUAUGGAUAUUGAUCAGUAUCAACGAAAUAAAGUGCACCCGAUUCGUGAUCGUGAUAUUAUUUACGGCAGUUAUGGUCAUGCCUAUGAAGGUGGAACGUUCCCGCGUAAGAAGGAGAACCAACGGGUUCGGAUCCCAUCGAAUCCGAGUGUUGCAAGCAAAAGUAGUGAUAUGAAAGACAGCACUGGUUCAAUUGAACACAGCGAACAUGGCUCACCCAUGCCACCGCCGUUCAAAGUUGAGGUUCUCAGUCAUGGAGCCAACCACAAAAUGUCGGAUCAUAAUCCAGCUCCUGGCUACUUGCGCCGAAUCACCAUCGAUAAACUCGCCGGACCACUUGGUAUUACGAUUCAGUGCAACGAAGGCGGCGGUAUUUUUGUUUCGACCGUCACAACGAACAGUAUUGCAAGUCGGGCUGGACUGCGUUGCGGUGAUCAAUUGCUUGAAGUUUGUGGAAUUAACAUGCGAGACACUAAUCACAAAAUCGCAGCAAAGAUCUUGAGACAGUGUGGUAACACAAUGACAAUGCUCGCUCAGUAUUGUCCAGAUAAAUUUCACGGAAACAUUGUGCAACACAUAACCGAAGAAGAUAGCGUGAGUCGUUCUGGUUCACCAACACCUCGAAACUCACCGCGAGGCAUUACUCGAUCGAUCGCUUUGUCAUCUCGUCCAGUUAGCAUGCAGCCAAAAUCUGUUCCACAGGCAAUUCCCAAACGGUCGCUAAUGUCCUCGAAUAUGAAGCAAAAGUUUUCGGAUAGCCUAGAAAAUCAAUCAGAUUUCAGUCAAACUGGAUCGCCCGAUAUUUACGAUGAAGAAGAACCACGCGUUUUGACGUUGAACACAAAGAAAAGUACGAAUUUGGGCAUAAGUUUGAUGGGUGGAAAUGCUGUCGGAAUUUAUGUGCAUGAUGUGCAGAAGAAUUCCAUUGCUGAUUUGGCAUUGAUGAAAAAGGGUGAUCAAAUUCUUGAAUACAAUGGAGUUGAUUUGAGAAGAGUCACCGCUGAAUAUGCGGCGAUGGAAAUUUCGAAACCAUGUGACAAAGUCACUGUGCUCGUUCAACACAAUAUGACAAAGUUUAAUCAAAUCAAAGAUGAAGCCGGAGAUUCACUGUAUUUCCGCGCUGGUUUCGAUCGCACUGGGGAACUGAACGAUGGAGAGCUGCGUUUCGUUAAAGAUGACAUUCUUUAUGUGGAUACGACCAUUUUUCGUGGCAAAUUUGGACAGUGGCGAGCCUGGAAAUUGGAUGAAUAUGGGCAUCGUUUGAGAUGCGGAAUCAUUCCAAGCCAACUCAAAAUUGAAGAAGAGUUGCGUCUACUGACCGACACGGCCGAUGGUGAAGGAACCACAAAACGGAAAUCAGCACGAAGAUCAUUUUUCCGUCGCAAAAAACAUCAACGCAGCUCGUCACGUGAUUCAAAAGAUUUAUCCAGUUUUAGUAGCACACAACUCAGUUGGUUCACCGAUUCGGGCAUCGUUGGCGAAGAUGGCAUGCUGUCGAGCUAUCAACGAGUUGAGCGAUGCGAUUACAUGUGUCGCCCCGUAUUAAUCCUUGGCCCAUUGGCCGAUUGUGUUGCUGAAAAGUUAACAAUUGAUUUUCCACAAGCGUUCGAUCGUCUUUUGCCCACAACAAUGAAUUGUACGCAAGAGAAUAUGGAAGAAGGACUGCAAAAUAAUAUUUUAGUUGAUUAUAGACGCCGCGGAAGUAUUUAUGAGUGCACACCGGUGCAAGCGAUCCGAGAUCUAUGUGAAAAGAAUCGUCAUUGUCUGCUCGAUGUCAGUAUAUCGGCUGUGGAGCGUCUCAAGCGUAUUCAAAUCUACCCAAUAGUAUUGUUGUUGCGCUUCAAGUCUGCGCGUCAGAUAAAAGAGAUCAAAGACAAAAUGUCAGAAAAAGCAGCAAAAGAAAUGUAUGAGCAUGCGCUCAAGCUGGAAUCUGAUUAUCGGCAAUAUAUCUCAGCUGUCAUCCCAGCGGGUGUCAACAUAACGCACAUGAGUACACAAAUCAAAGCUGCUGUUGACGAAGAGCAAAAUAAAGCACUAUGGGUUCCCAUCACAAAUCCAUAGACACACACACAUACACUGUGCUGCCAAAAAAAGGAAAAGUGUGCACUAAAAAGUGUCUUUGAAAGAUAGACAUUUCAAUAUACGUCGACUAAAACCCUUCCUGAUCGACAUUUUUCAAACGGAUCGCAACAAUUUUUAUCAACAUUUUCUACGAUAUUUGAUAUGUCUUUUUAACGUAUUGUAUUUUCAGAAAAUUUUGAUAUGGAACUUAAGAGAAACAUUUUUUAUAUGAGAUUGAUAUACAGGAAGCAGGACUCGUCUUCCUCAAUCGGAUCUAACCAAACACGACUAAAAUUUUAAACGAAACAGAAAAAGAAGUAGAAGUAAACGAGCAAUCGCUUUUUUUAUCAAGUAUUUUAUUGAAUAAAUUGGUGCUUCAAAUUCGAAUUUUAUAAGAAUUAGCUUCUAAUUGUUACUGGUUAUUGGAUUUAUUAUUUUUUUUAGUUGAAUUUAACCUAGAAUUUAUUUUUUAUUUGCAAUAACCUUCUUGUAGUAGACAAUAGAAAAAAAAAUUAUUUUAGAACUCUUUUAGUGAAGACACAAGAAAAUUAUAUUUUAGCAAAUUAUUAGAAAUAACAACACGAAAAAAAAUUGAUAAUGCAAUAAAGUAUUAAAAAAAACAGACAAAAAUUAACAUUUCUUUGUCGAUCGAAAUGAAAAAACAAUUUUUUCUUUCGGUAAAUUUUCGAUUAUUCAUGAAAUGGUUUCAAUUAACUUUUUUGAUGAUGAAAAAGAAGAAAAAUCAGAAAAUUUGUAUGUUUUAUAAAAACUUAUAGACUAUUUACAUGUAUGAGAGAACGAAUACAACUAGUGCAUGCUAAACCCUAAGGUUCUUAUCAUCAUUUAAUUCAAACGGAUCGUUUUACUCUUCAUUUUUUUUUUCAUUUCAAUCAAUGCUUUUAUUAUUAUAUCAUAAAAGAAUAUUUUGUAUGUUUUUUUUCUUUCGUUUUUUUUUAUUGUAAUAAAUUGUUUUACACGAAAAAAAAGGAAAUAAAA